AUGUACAACUUCACCUUGGGAAACACAUUCUUACUCAUGAGGUUUUCUGAUGUCCAGGAGAUCCAGAUUUUAUAUGCCAUACUGUUUCUGAUAAUUUAUCUGGCAGCCAUACUGGGGAAUCUUAUCAUCAUCUCUGUCACCAGCAAGGAUCAUCAGCUCCACACUCCCAUGUACUACUUCCUGAAGAACUUAUCCUUUCUGGAUCUCUGCCUCAUUUCCAUCACUGUCCCCAAAUCCAUUGCUAACUCUGUGACAAAUCAAAACACCAUCUCAUUCCUGGGGUGUGUUUCACAGAUAUUUUUCUUUUUCUUCUUGGCCACUACAGAGGUAGCUCUCCUCACAGUGAUGUCCUAUGACCGCUAUGUUGCCAUCUGCCACCCACUCCAAUAUGAAAUCAUCAUGAGCCAUGGGGCCUGUGUGCAGAUGGCCAUUUCUUCAUGGGCCAGUGGAGGUCUCAAUGCAAUUCUGCACACAGCUUCCACCUUCUCAAUACCGAUUUGUGGGUCUCCUGAUAUUCAUCAGUUCUUCUGUGAUGUGCCUCAACUACUUUCACUUGACUGUUCUUAUAACAUUGGAGAAUUAGUAGUCAUUGGACUCAGCUUACUAUUAGAUUUUGUUUGCUUUAUGUUUAUUGAUAUUUCAUACAUUAACAUCUUUGUCACUGUCCUGAAGAUGCCAUCCAGAGAGGGCAGGUCCAAAGCUUUCUCUACAUGUUUGCCUCACCUCAUUGUUGUGACUCUGUUUCUCUCUUCUGGAUUCUUUGCCUAUUUACACCCCCUUCCCAAAUAUCCAUCAGCCUUGGACUUGCUGGUGUCCAUGUUUUAUACUGUGGUGCCACCCACCAUGAAUCCACUCAUCUACAGUCUAAGAAAUAAGGAUAUGAAGGCUGCACUAAGGAAACUGCUAAUGAGUAGUCCUUCAAAGUAA